AUCCUACGUUGUAAGACGGCUCAAUGCUUGAUUGACCUCAUAAGAGGCGGGCAAGCGGGGUCAGCUUCGCGUAGGAAGCUAAGAGACUUGACGCGUUGCCAACUUGUCGCGGGGUUGCAACUGCAAGAGAGCUUGUCGAUUUGAUUCUCUACUGGAUCCGGAGCCUGGUGGAUUACUAGCAAGGGAAGGAAACAGCACCUUGUUGCGGCGAGCAGACCGACGCCCGGGCCAGCCGUUCAAAGUGAUCGGCAGACGUCGGACGAGUUGCAGGGAGACAGUCCUCGGUUCUCGGCGUUCUAAUAGCAAGCAACGCUGCUGCAUUCAAGUAUGACAGUCGCAGAAUCUUGAACACACGACAACUACAACAUGUACAGAAAUUCGCAGCUGUUGCGGCUAGCCAGAACUCAUCGCGUGCUUGGUUGCGAUGCUGGGCUUUGGCAACCAUUUCACAACACACGCCGAAGAUGUCGUAACCUGUAUUCGACCUCAUCUGAUAUCAGCAAUGGAAUACAGUGCCAAUUUGAAAAAGACAGACGCGUGGCAACACUGUCCAUCAACAAUCCGAAGAAGAUGAACAUUGUUAACAGCUCCAUUCUCUCACAACUAACCACAACCUGCGAAGAACUGAGCAAAGACCAAGAUUUACGCGCUGUGGUUCUCACUGGGGGUCCCACUGCAGAAGGCAAAAGUCCAUCCUUCAUUGGAGGAGCAGAUAUCAAGGAGAUGUGUUCUUUAUCCAGUCCAGAAGACGCCCGAACCUUCAUCACCGGAGUGCACAAGGCGUGCCAAGCACUGCGAGAUCUCCCAGUCCCUGUCAUCGCCCGUGUGGACGGCUUCUCGCUCGGCGCGGGCCUCGAAAUCAUGGUAUCCUGCGAUCUGCGGGUCGCGACACAAGAAUCGCACUUCGGAAUGCCAGAAGUUCGGGUGGGAAUCCCCAGCGUUGUCGAGGCAGCAUUGCUGCCACAGUUGAUUGGAUUUGGGCGGACACGCCGGCUGCUCUAUUUGGCUGAGAUUAUCAAUGGCCUUCAGGCAAAAGAGUGGGGACUCGUUGAAGAGGUCGUGCAGGACGCGGAUGGUCUUGACCAGACCGUCGACGAGUGGGUAUCCAGGCUGUGCGAAAUGGGCCCGAUAGCAAUCCGACAACAGAAAAGGCUGAUGAUGCGAUGGGAAGAUUGCAGUGUAGCAGAGGGCAUACAAGCGGGAAUCGAUGAAUUCGCUCUCGCCUUCGAAGCCAACGGCGGCCAGGAGCCGAGGGAGUAUAUGGUCAGACCGUUCAUUCAAAACAGUCCAGGCUCCGUGCUAAUGCUUCCCAGAGACGCUUCCUCAAUCGUGCGAGAGGGCAGUGAGGCGCUAGAGAUGCGAGCACCGACCUCAGAUUGCUAUCUCUAUAGCUUAUCGCUGUGA